UUUUAUCGACAAUUUAAUGGCGAUAGUCACUUAUUUGUAAACGUUGAAGAAUCUUUUGGGAAAUAAUCCAUCAAAUAAGUUUUUGCCAAUAAAUUAGUUAAACACAAUAUUUUUUCAAUAUGGCUGAUAAAGCAGAAGAACAAGUCAAGAAAAAGAGGACUUUUAAAAAGUUCACUUUUCGUGGAGUGGAUUUAGAUCAACUUUUGGACAUGCCAAAUGAGCAACUCAUGGAACUAAUGCAUUGCCGAGCCAGGAGACGUUUUACAAGGGGAUUAAAACGUAAACCAAUGGCACUAGUAAAAAAACUGCGUAAAGCAAAAAAAGAAGCCCCUCCAUUAGAGAAACCUGAAAUCGUUAAAACCCAUUUGCGCAACAUGAUUAUUGUUCCAGAAAUGGUUGGUUCUAUUGUUGGAGUUUACAAUGGUAAAGCUUUUACACAAGUUGAAAUUAAACCUGAAAUGAUUGGACAUUAUUUAGGUGAAUUUUCCUUGACUUAUAAACCUGUUAAACAUGGUAGACCAGGUAUUGGUGCUACACACAGUUCUAGAUUUAUUCCUCUCAAAUAAAUUAUUUACAAUGUAGAUGUACAAUAAACCAUUUUUGAG